AUGUCCAAUGACAGCAGCCUCCCUGGUGUCUGGGAGGCCUCGGAUUGGGAAGACACCUCUCAGUGCCCAUCCUCGGUGGGCGGGGCAACUUUUUUGAUUGUGGCUUACAGCGCUGUCAUAGCAAUCGGGUUGCUAGGUAACGCAGGACUGGUGUUUAUCAUUGCCCGGCAACAGGAGUUGCGCAACGUUACCAAUAUCCUAAUCGCCAACCUGUCAUGCUCUGACAUCCUGAUGUGUGUGGUGUGUCUGCCUGUUACUGUCAUAUACACAUUGAUGGACCGCUGGGUACUAGGAGAGGCCCUGUGCAAGGUGACCCCCUUUGUUCAGUGCAUGUCAGUGACAGUUUCUGUCUUCUCCUUGGUGCUGAUUGCACUGGAGCGUCACCAGCUGAUACUCCAUCCCACUGGCUGGUCCCCCGCUGCUGGCCACUCCUACCUGGCUGUGGGUCUAACAUGGCUGGUUGCAUGCUUCAUCUCUCUGCCCUUCCUCUCCUUCAACAUCCUCACUAAUGACCCCUUCCAGAACAUCAGCCUGCCCGCCAAUCCCUUCAGGGACCAUUUGAUCUGUAUGGAGCUUUGGCCAUCUGAUAAGCAUCGUCUUGCCUACACGACUUCGCUGCUGCUCUUCCAAUACUGCCUGCCACUUCUGCUGGUGUUCCUCUGCUACCUCAGGAUCUUCCUACGCCUGAAACGACGCAGGGACAUGCUGGAGCGCAGUGGGAGGACACGGGGAGCCCAGAGGAUAAACGCUAUGCUCCUAGCCAUCGUCAUAGCCUUCGCUAUGUGCUGGCUGCCUCUGAAUGUUUUCAACACAGUGUUUGACUGGCACCACCAGGCCCUACCCGACUGCCAGCAUGACGCUGUUUUCUCUGCUUGCCACCUAACAGCGAUGGCCUCCACUUGCAUUAACCCUGUGGUGUACGGUUUCCUAAACAGCAACUUCCAGAGGGAGCUGAAGUUAACGCUGCUGCGCUGCCAGUGUGGCAGCCAGGCAGCAGAAAGCUACGAGAGCUUCCCUCUCUCCACUGUGGCCAGCGAAGGCUUGACGAAAGCCACCUCCCUGAACAGGAUGGGAUCAGUUUCUUCCCCGAGACCUGAGAUCAGCACAGGAUUUCCAGUAAAAACAAUACCAGCUAACACCUAA